CUGCAAACGUAACGUAAGGCAUACGCUUAUUAACUACGUUAUCUGUAUUGAUAGCUGUUUGUCUAUUGUGUCUGUAUUUUAUUUUGAUUUGUACAAAAAUCCACAACUAUGAAUUCCAAACUUGUGAUUGCCUUCGCAGUUCUGUGCUUCGCUGCUUACAUCUAUGGCCAGCACGUGCACUGCACCACCGACGCCAACUGCACAGGGGUGACAUGCGACACAGCGGGGCAACAGGCUGAGUGCCACCAGUCUGAGUGUCUCUGUCACCAGCACGUGAACUGCACCACCGACGCCAACUGCACAGGGGUGACAUGUGACACAGUGGGGCAACAGGCUGAGUGCCGCGAGUUUGAGUGUCUGUGUCACCCGUACGUCACAUGUAGCACCGACGCCCACUGCACAGGAGUUAUAUGUGACACCGAGGGACACCAGGCUCUGUGCCACGAUAAGGAAUGUCAUUGUCACACUCCUCCCCACGUUGAGGAGGAGUGUGAACACGCCUCUCAAUGUACUCAUUGUGGAGCAAACGCCACCUGCGACGAACACUUCUGUCACGGGGUCAACUGUAUUCACACCUAAACGUGGAACAAGACCAGGAGGAAGAACGUUUAUAUCGAGAUGACGUAAUGGACUGCCAUUUUCUGAUCUGUGAUUCAAUGUUCGUUAAAUAAAAAAAACUUAGCCUAAAAUAA